AUGGGUAAGAGAAGGAUUGAGAUGAAGAAGAUUGAAGAUAGGCAGAAAAGAAAUGUGUGCUUCACUAAGAGACGCCACAACCUAUUCAAUAAAGCCGCUGAUUUGUGCCGUCUUACCGGUGCUGACAUUUCUCUGUUAGUAAUCUCUCCUGGUGGUAACCCCUACACUUUUUCUUCUUCUUCUUCUUCUUCUAUUUCUUGGAAUGAUUUAAAUUAUAGGUUAAACAAUGCCAUUAAUUUUAAAGAAGAAAAAGUUGCUGAUGAUGAGAGAACUAGGGUUUCUGAUGAUGGGUUUUGGUGGAAUAACCUAAACCCAGAAGAAAUUGAUAUUAUUGAAAAGUUGACGGCUGUAAGGAAUCAAUUACUUGAUGUGAAAGAGAAGGUUGCACAGAGAAAGCAAGAGUUGCUAGCAGCAGCAGAACCAAUUGCUACCUCUACUACUACUAGUACUUGUACUGUUGGAGAGAUGGAGGAGGAUUCUUCUCUGUUGGAGGAUGAUUUGGAAAAGUUAUUAUCAGAUGCCUAUGAUGAUGCUCCGAAUUGGUUGCCUUCUAUUGAUGAUUCGAGAAUGUUAUUUGAGGGUUUAGAUUAUGAUGAGAGUUGGUUGCCUCUUGGAAUUGACACAGUCCUAGUCCUUGUUGGCCCUGCAAUCUUGUUGCUAUUAAAACUUGCUAAGGAUGCUGAGAAAUCCUUCUCUUGCCUCUCCCUUCUUGGAAGCAUUCUUCCCUACAAGUAA